UUACUGUGGGUUGAAACGGGGUUUACUCCUCGAAUGAAACAGGAUCCCCAGGAGUACGAAUAAUCUCCAUUUACAAUUACGAAAAAAAUAUUCAAGCAUAUAGCUGUCUUCGAAGAGAGAGAGAGAGAGAGAGCUGUAUUCAUGCAUCAACUCUUUUUCAAUGGAAUAAAAAACUCAAGAUAAAAAUUUGACUAUCUCUUCUUCCAUAUUAAUACAAGUGGAUAGUGUUUGUAUUUCAAUUGAACUGCAGGGAGUGGAAAUUUUAGGGAGAACCCUUCGAUCGCGUGCGAACGCACAGCAUGGGUUGCGCUGGAUCGCGCGAUAAAAGAUAUGAAACAGCAAAGAAGAUACGCAAGCCCAAGCCAUGGAAGCAUUCAGAACCAAUAACAAGGGUACAACUCACCCGGAUGAGAGAUGAGUUUUGGGAUACUGCUCCACAUUAUGGUGGUCGAAAAGAGAUUUGGGAUGCACUUCGGGCUGCUGCUGAGGCUGAUACAACUCUCGCACAAGCAAUUGUGGAAAGUGCUGGUGUAAUUGUUCAGAACCCCGACUUAACUGUCUGCUACGAUGAGAGAGGUGCGAAGUACGAGUUACCCAAGUACGUAUUGAGUGAACCAGCUAAUCUGAUCCGCGACAGUUGAAAAAGAUAUCUUUACAGAGAUUGUAAAUCCGUAAAUUACUGGUGUCAUUUUGUUACCAAGUUCAUCCCAUUUUACCACAGUUUCGUCGUUCUCUAUCCAUAGUAAGCUCUUUCCCAUGACAGGAAAUUGUAGCAUUCCUUUUCUUGUCAAUGAAUACACAUUCCGCUUCUUUUCGAGUACAAAAGAGCAGGUCAUAUAGUACCUUUUUUGAUCCAUAUGGACAUCUUCGAAUAAGGUUUUUGCCAAGUAUAGGCUUUAUCAAUAGUUGGGGCUAAGUACACUUUGUAUUACGAGAAUCAUUUGAUUCUUCCUCUAUAAAGACUACAUCCUACUA